GAGAGAAAGAACAUUCGCGGGUCAGACAUCAGGAGGAGGAUCAGUGACUUUCUCUUACAGAAUUAAACCGAAUUAAAGUGGAGUUAAACUUGUAGAUCGACUCGAUAAAUAAGAGAUUUAUUGUGUGUUUAUUGUUGUAGUGGAUCAGACAGAGAAAGAUGUCUCGUUUUAGUGCAGUGAUGAAGACUCUGGUUUUCUUCACCUGUUCUCUUCAUCUUUCAUCAGCAGUCACACACUCUCUGCAGUAUUUCUUCACUGGAGUUACACCUGGAAUAAAUUUCCCAGAAUUCACCACUGUGGGUCUGGUGGAUGGAGAGCAGUUUGAUUAUUAUGACAGUGACAUCAGGAAGAUGAUCCCAAAGACGGAGUGGAUACAGAAGAAUGUGGGAGAAGAUUACUGGAACAGUGAGACACAGAUUUCACAGGGUUGGCAGGAGACCUUCAAAGCCGGUGUGGAUAUACUAAUGCAGCGCUUUAAUCAAACUGGAGGAGUUCACACAGUGCAGGUGAUGUACGGCUGUGAGCUCCAUGAUGAUGGGACUGUUAGAGGAUAUGAUCAGGACGGUUAUGAUGGAGAAGAUUUCAUCAGUUUUGAUCUGAAAACUAAAACCUGGAUCGCUCCAAAACCUCAAGCUCUGAUCACCAAGAACAAGUGGGAUCCUGAUACUGGUUAUAAUAACAACAGGAAGAACUACCUGGAGAACAUCUGUAUUGAGUGGGUAAAGAAGUACGUGUCUUACGGCAGAGACACUCUGGAGAGGAAAGAUCCUCCUACAGCAUCAGUGAUCCAGAAACACUCGCCUUCUCCAGAGGUGGUGUGUCACGCUACAGGUUUCUUCCCCAAAGAGGUGAUGAUCUCCUGGAGGAAGGACGGAGAGGACGUGAACGAGGACGUGGAGCUCAGAGAGACGUUACCCAACCAGGAUGGAAGCUUCCAGAAGAGAAGCAUUCUGAAAGUCCCAGCUGAGGAUCUGCAGAAACACACCUACACCUGCGUGAUUCAGCACAGCAGCUUGAAGGAGGAGUUAGUGCUAGAAGUACCAAAAGGUGGAGGACUGAUGCCUAUCAUCGUUGGUGUUCUCGUGGCUCUCGUUGUUCUCGUUGCCGUUGUUGCUGGAAUUAUGGUCUGGAAGAGGAAGAACUCUGGCUUCAAACGUGCUCCAUCUUCUGAAGGAGAUUCUUCUUCUGACAAGUCUUAAAGUGUGACUGUGUGUCUUCCUGCUGAACUGAGAGAGAGAGACCAGGAGAUGGAGAUGAGGACCACACACACACACACACACACACACACACACACACACACACACACACACACACAUUAUUCAGAGGGUAUCUUGGUGUAUGAUGUUCUUCCUGUGUUGGAUGGAGGAGCUUUUUCUUGUAAAUCUUGUAAAUCUCUUGUUUUUGGUGUAAAAUGGGAUUAUUAGGAUUGUUGGGGAUUAAUUUUUUACUCUGUAGGUUUCUCAGCUGAUUUCCUGUUGUACUGAAUCAGGGAUCAGAAGGUCAGCACAUGAGAGCUUUAAUGAUUUCCAUCUCUUCUCUUUAACUCCAGUGAGAUUUUCCUCAGUAUCUGUUUGUGUAGCUGAUGGAUUUGUGCGUCUCAGACAGAACCUGGGUUCUUCAGAUGUGAUGAGUGUUGAAGAGAUUGGACUAAAGUGUAAAAGAACAGGAGUGAAGACAGCAGCAGCAGGAGGUCAUGCUGGAUGAUCAGAACUCCAAGCUUUUAUUUUCUCCACAACACAAAGAGACUAAACCCCACGACACUGAGGACUUCAUUUAUUACUGAACUCCAUUUAAAGAUAAAACAAUCCAUUCAACACCUUUUCACAUCUGAACCACCCCAAAUCUCUCCCACAAUGCAUCUGUUCUGUCAGUGUAUCAAUCUGAAGGAAUAAUAAAGGGUAUUUUCUUCACUCUG